UUCCUCCAACCUGCUUCUCUCCAACAUGGCUCCGCGGCUGUGCAGCAUCUCUGCAGCGGCGCGGCUGCUGCUGGGGGGCCCUCGGCCCAGCAACGCGGACGUUGCGGCUGCGUCUGCGGCGCGCUUCUAUUCCAAGGACAAUGAAGGCAGCUGGUUUCGCUCGCUAUUUGUGCACAAGGUAGAUCCUCGGAAGGACGCCCAUUCUACCUUGCUGUCCAAGAAGGAGACCAGCAGCCUGUACAAAAUCCAGUUUCACAAUGUGAAGCCCGAGUAUCUGGAUGCCUACAACAGCCUGACGGAGGCUGUGUUGCCCAAGCUGCACCUGGAUGAGGACUACCCCUGCUCGCUCGUGGGCAACUGGAACACAUGGUAUGGGGAGCAGGACCAGGCAGUGCACCUGUGGCGAUUCUCAGGCGGCUACCCAGCCCUCAUGGACUGCAUGAACAAGCUAAAGAACAACAAGGAGUACCUGGAGUUUCGAAAGGAGCGGAGCCAGAUGUUGCUGUCCAGGAGAAAUCAGAUGCUUCUUGAGUUCAGCUUCUGGAAUGAGCCACAGCCCAGAGCAGGUCCCAACAUCUAUGAGCUGAGGACAUACAAGCUCAAGCCAGGAACCAUGAUCGAGUGGGGGAACAACUGGGCUCGGGCCAUCAAGUACCGACAAGAGAACCAGGAGGCAGUAGGCGGCUUCUUCUCACAGAUAGGAGAGCUCUACGUUGUGCACCAUCUCUGGGCCUACAAAGACCUGCAGUCUCGGGAAGAGACUAGAAAUGCUGCUUGGAGAAAGAGGGGUUGGGAUGAAAAUGUCUACUACACAGUCCCCCUGGUGCGACACAUGGAGUCUCGGAUCAUGAUCCCUUUGAAGAUCUCACCUCUCCAGUGAUGCCGCUGCUGCCUCCACCUCACUCCCCUUCUCCCUCAGGGCAGCCACGGACAGUGGAGCUCCCAGUCCUGCUGUCUUGGUUUUUUCUCAGAUUUGGGAGGACUCUUGGGGCUAGAGCUCCGCUCAGACAAUGGGGAGCUGAAGGAUGAUAGAGUUCUGAGGACUUACAGCUCUGCCUGCCCUGCCCAUCCCUUCCCCUGUGCUGGAAGCAGUUUUUAAUUUCUCUGAAGAACAACCACCUUUUAUGUCUUCUCAUAUUUCCCCCUAAAAUUCCUCAUCUCAAGGCCACCAGUCCCCAGUUAUCACCAUGGAAAACCUCAGUUUAGCAUUAGUUGCCCAAAAGGUAGUGUGUCUAGUGGUUAGAGGUGGGGUGGGAAGGGGAGAGGUCAAACCAGUCCAGGCUCUCAGCAAUUCACUGGUCUUCACUAAGCCAUCCACUCGCUGUACCAAGUUCUUCCUGCUAGGGAAAGGCCUAGAACCACCUCAGGAAGUAAAGGAAAACCCUCAAGUUAGCAAAGUCAGCAGGAGAUCCACCUAAUUAACCCAGAAAGGCUAGGAAAAGGGAUCUGGGGUUAGGAAGCAGAAUGGAACAGGAAGAACAACCCAGAGCCAGCAACCCAGAAGGUAGAACUUAGAAUUCAGAACUUGAGUUUGAACUGCAGGACUUGAAAUACAGAAUGGGGAAGAUAGAAUAGAGGUGACAGAAGACCACUUGGGAGGAGUUCCUAAUGCAAGAUAGUUGGAAAGAGACUCAUCUGUUUACUUCUACAUAAUGAGGUUGAACAUAUGAAUAUGUAGUUCCAGCCCUUCUGCGCAGGGAAUCCUGCCCUCCCUUUUCCUUUCUGUAGGCAAAGAUAUGGGCCAAGGCCUGUAUUUCCCAUACUCUGCAUCCCUUUUCUCCCUCUUCGCAUUUGGUCAACCCAACCCUCAUUCUACUGGGCUCCUGGGUGUGUGGAGUGGGUUAGUGACUUUGGGGGCCUCCUCAAUGACCCCUCCACCCCAUACUUCAUGAACCUCUGGGUAGAUUGAUUCUGCCUCCCUUUCAGGAAAACUUGUGCUGGAAUUGCUGAU